GAUUGGACCACACAGCGCCCCCUUACGUGCUUACGUGAGUUUACCCGCAUCUUUAAAAUUAGUUUCCAUUCUAGCUGAGCCGCAGAAGAAGAGCUCCAGUCGGUUUGUUUACAUCAGCAGGAGGUGACAGAACAGAGGCAGUUUUGACAACCUUCAGUCUAUGAUUAGUGUGGUUUAUCCCAUCGACUGAGCAGGAGUCAUGGGAGAGAUAGCUUGUGUUUCUGUGCUGUGCUGGAUGUGGCUUUACCCGCUGGUGUCCAGCGAACAGGUGGCUUUUGUAGAGGUGUUUCUGGAGGACCAUCAGCAUGUUUUGCAGGGUGAGGUGCUCCAGGGGAGUCUGGACAACGACCCAAUUGAAAACCACAGCAAAAAGAAACAUGACCUCAAUGGAGACCUCAUAUUAAUAAAAGACAAAGCUAUUAAAACCAACAGUGAUAGCAGUGAUGGAAAGGAUCCGAACCCCUGGAUUGGAGUGGUACCUGUCCAGAUAAAGGAAGGCACAGUUUCCAGUAACAGCAACCAAGAGUCGUUCGCUGCCUCUGUGGUCAAUAAGAUGAAGCGUGCUCUUGUGCUGGGUGCAUCUGCUUUAAUCAUUCUUGCUUUAAACCAGAAUACUGUCCGAGAGAUGGAUCUCUCUCAGGUCCUCUCAAAGCCAGUCAUUAUUAUUCAGACGUCAGAAAAUGUCACUAAGCUCAUUGGGGCACUCCUCAGGGGCCUUCAUGCAACAGCAAAAAUCACUUACAAAUCUUUUCUACAGGACACUCUGGGGGCUACUUUGACCCUGUGGUCCAGCUGUGGCCGUUCGAGAGGAGGGUUGUACGGGGAAUGGCAAGGGGUCAUCUGCACCGGGGAGACCAACUCUCAGGUCCAGAAAUAUCUCCAGCAGCUCUGGAACAGUGUCGUUCUGGUGGCCCUGGUCCUCUCCACGGGGGUCAUAGUUCAUGCACGCUGGCAGCUCCAGGACAACCAGCUUAAUGAGGAUUUACAGUCAGACCUAAAGCAAGACAUUUUAAAGAGAUUAUCAGCACUGAAGACGAGGACAUACCGGCAACCCAAAGUGAGAAGAUGUGACCCAACACAAACUCAACCACUGGAGAUGGACAGCUGUGCAGUGUGUCUGGAGCAAUACAACAACAACCAGUGUUUGAGGGUGUUACCGUGCCUCCAUGAAUUCCACAGAGAUUGUGUGGAUCCCUGGCUACUCCUUCAGCAGACAUGUCCUCUCUGCAAACGUAGCGUGCUUGGUCAUUUUUACUGAGCUGAACCAGGAAGGACUCCGGACUCUGAAUUUGUAUGAUUUGGACUGACUCUUCCGAUUCAGACUUUUAUUGGCAACUAAAUCCCUCCACUGUACUGUAAGGUCAGAAUAUCUCCACUUGACCUCUUCAAAGACUAUAAACCUUGAGUUCUCUUUCAAGAGACCACAGGAGUCAGGACUAGAUCCUGAUCUUUGGUCAAACCACUUGAGAAGUUUCUUGAAGGUAGGUCCUUGUACACAGGAUCAGUUCUUUUGCGCACAUUUCUUGAACCGGCUCAACAAUUUACAGAUACACGGAUCGAGCA